AUGGGACUGGGCCUACAAUUCAUAUCGGCGCUCAAGCUGACGCUAGGCUUGUAUAUCGUUUACAAGCUGUUCGGCUUCGUCCGGUUUUAUAUCUAUGCGCGACGGGCCGGGUUCCCCGUUUACACAUCGCCAUGGCUCUCCAAGAGUAUUCCGUUCUUGGUUCUGGCCCCAGUUCUACAGCCACUUUUAAAGCACAUCUUCCCUGAAUGGGUGUACGACCGUUUCGACAUUCUCGUCCAUGGGUGGGAAUUCCGUGGCGGGCAAAGGCUACCUAUAAUGCCGCGCGCACUGCAGAUGCUGGGAUAUCAAUUGCAGAAAAUCCCCGAGUACACCCAUUCGGUGCUCGAAGAGGAGAGAAAAGUCAUGGAGAGCGGGUCCGGCGCUCGCAACAAUUUCCUAAGCUUGUUGCUGCGCCUGUCGGAUGAAGAGAAACGUCGCCAGAGUGGUUUCUCGCUGUCGGACGAAGAGCUCAGCGGCAAUCUCUUCGUCUUUACAACCGCGGGCUUUGAAACGGUUUCCAACACAAUGGGGUAUGCGGUCACAAUGCUUGCUGCACAUCCGGAAUAUCAAGCCUGGAUUCGUGAAGAGUUGCAAGAUCUCGACAUGGACUCAACGACAUGGGCUUAUGAUGAUGUGUUCCCAAAAUGCAAGAGAACCUUAGCUGUCAUGUUAGAAACAUUACGUCUUUUCUCACCAGUCCAUCACAUCAUGCGGUCUACUCGCGAGCCGCAACAACUACUUAGUGACCGAGGAACCCAUCUUCUCCUCCCUCCUAUGGACCUUUUCGUGGGCGUGACAAUUAUUCACAAGGACCCCCGAUACUGGGGUCCGGAUCCCGAGGUUUUCCGGCCAUCUCGAUGGAUUGAUGCCACGGGCCAAAUAAUCACCCCGGCCACGGGGACCUUUAGGCCAUGGUCCGGCGGCCCGAGGGUUUUGCCCUGGCCUCAAGAUGUCCGAGGUGAAGUUUGUCGCUACCAUAGCCACUCUAUUCCGGUCUGCAAAGUGUGA